ACGGCGCAGUAAAGGAUUGAAAAAGCAGCAGUCCCCGCAGGCAAUGACCCUCUCUCUGCUCUUCCAGCGCGGAUCAAUUAGCACGGAGGCUGAAAGUUAUUAGACGUUAUCGAUUGGUCUAACGCCGAGCCACGCCUCCUACAAAGACGCACGCAUUGAUUGGCCGGCUGACAGAAUGUUACUGGAUGUACCCGGAAGAAGAUGCCAGGACUGAGAGAGUUCGCACAGGGCUCGGAUAUCUAGCGGCAGCAGGAUGGUGGCCGAGGGAGACCCUGGAAACCUGGUGAGGACCAUACACCUUCUGGUGCUGUCGGCUUCCUGGGGAAUGCAGUGCUGGACGACGUUUGUAGCAGGGUUCGUGCUGAUUAGGGGCGUGCCUCGGCAUACAUUUGGCCUGGUCCAGAGUAAGCUGUUCCCCUUUUACAACCAUAUUGUCCUGUGCUGCUCUUUCAUCAGCCUGGCUAUAUACGCAGCAUACCACCCCCGGGAGUUGCUGUCACCCAGCGAGAGUGUUCAGAUCACCCUUUUCUUCGUAUGCCUCCUUGCUGCCGCCCUGCACGCCCGCUGGUUUUCCCCAGUGACCACCAAGACCAUGUUUAAGAUGCACAUCAUCGAGCGGGAGCACAGCCUGGGGCAGGGAGUGGGAUUGUCGGCCAAUAGGGAAGCCUACCAGCGCCUGCAGGAGAAGGAUCCCAAGUACAAAGCCUUACGCCAGCGCUUCAUGCGAUACCAUGGCAUCUCCUCCCUGUGCAACCUCCUGUGCCUCCUCUGCAAUGGGGCCAACCUGGUGUACAUGGCGCUGCUGAUGCCCACGCUGUAGCACGGCUCGCUUCUACUCGCCCCAGGACCAGUGCCAAAUGCCAGUGGAAGCACCGUGGCACCCACAUUUAUUUUUAUAUUGCUGAGCCAGAGGAAUCAAAUGCCCGACUAAGAAUUGAUUGAGGACAAUCCCCUGCUACUGCCUGAUAAUAGUCACAUAUCGUGUUGAUCUUUUUAUAAUUAAAUGAACAUUUAUACUGAUCAAA